AUGAUUCACAAUCCUGAUAUACAAUCGGGAGCUUCUGGAAGAAUUGAAGACUUUAAAAAUGGGACAUACCAUGUACAUUUUACCUUAUUUUGGGAAGGUAAAGUAGUGGUAACAUUGUUUCUAAUGCACCCAAGUGAAGCAGUCUCAGCCCUGUGGAAGUCACGAAAUAGCUGGUAUGGUAAUGUUGGCUACUUGUGCAAAUUCACUAGUCCAGGCAAAGAAGUAGAAACCAAGUGUGGUUUCAAUCUCAGUAAAGAAGAAGAACUGUGUGAGUAUGUAGAUGAGAGAGAUGAGGAAUACUUCUACGCUGUCAAACCUCAGAAUUUCAGUUGUGAUUCAUUGACAGAAUUCAAAAACUGGUUUACCUUGGCUACUCAACUAUCUCCACUGGAAAACAGUCUGCUUGUCAGAUGCAAUUCAAAAGUAAUGGUGAUAUUAUUAAUGCAAAUACUUAUAUUAUAUUUUUUUCCAGAUUCAAGUUUAGAGACAAAAGAGAAAUGCAAAACUGGAGAGAAAUUAGAAUACCCCAGUGGAUAUGUUAUGAACAAUAUCUGGUACCCAAAGACUUGCAAGAUGCAGACCUACCAUGAAGUAGAACAACUAAAUGCUUGCAUGAAGGGAAAGUUCUUCUAUAUGUUUGGGGACUCAACCACACAUCAGUGGAUGCAUUAUUUUGAAACAAAGUUGAAAAAUAUACAUUUUCUCAAUGUCUAUGAAACACAAUGGGCACAAAAGCAUUUAGGUGUUGAUACUGAGAGAAAUAUCCAUGUUUUUUGGAAACAUCACUCAAGGCCAUUUAUGUUUCUACUAUUCGCAAGCCUCAGAGAGGAGCGCAGCAUCCCACGUGAAAUUGACUUAAUCGGAGGAAACCAGUACACUGUGAUUGCUUUCAACAUUGGGGUGCAUUUCAGACUAUUUCCUGUGCAUCACUUCAUCAGGAGGCUGUACAAUAUCCGGCGUGCUAUUGAUCGCCUGCUUCUGAGAAGCCCAGAAACGAAAGUUAUCAUCAAGACGGAGAAUACAAGUGAUAUGGAAAAAGAAUAUGAAGGAAUGAGUGAUUUCCAUGGAUAUGUUCACUAUUUCAUUAUGGAAAUCAUGUUUAAAGAUAUCAAUGUUGGUUUUAUACAUGGUUGGGACAUGACUACUGCAUUUAAUCACAAUCAGAUUCACCCACCAGAAACAUAUGUGAGAAAUGAGAUCAACAUGCUGAUGACAUACAUCUGUGGCUGA